AUGUCUCAAUUUUCUAAGCAGGAAGAUACCUAUACCAACGGAGAAUUUAUCAUUCAUGCAUCAUAAUUGAUCAGUAGGGGACAAUUUGAUUUCAUGCUGUACGAAUAAAUACAACUGGCCUCCC